GGUCAAUCAUGUCUACGACUCUUUCUGUGCCAUCCCCGGCCGAUUUCCACGUCCAUCUGCGCCAGGGUUCAUUUUGCCAGCUCGUAACGCCUCAUGUACGAAAAGGUGGAUUUAAUGUGGCAUAUGUCAUGCCCAACUUGAAGCCACCUAUCACGUCAACAGAUCAAGCUUUGGAGUACAAGACCCAACUGCGAAAAAUUGAUCCUCAUGUCGAAUAUCUUAUGACCCUUUAUUUGUCCCCAGAGCUCACCCCAGACGAAAUUCGAAAAGCAAAAAAGGCUGGGAUCGUUGGUGUAAAAUCCUAUCCAAGGGGCGUCACAACGAACUCAGACGGAGGGAUUGAGUCAUACGAAGUAUAUUAUCCCAUUUUUGAGGCAAUGCAAGAUGUCGACAUGGUUCUCAACUUGCAUGGAGAAAUUCCCUCUGAUCCGGCUAUGAAUGUUCAUGUCCUGAACGCAGAGCCUCAUUUUCUGCCCCAUCUUGCUUCAAUUCACAAGAAAUUCCCAAAGUUGCGCAUCGUCCUUGAGCAUGCUACUACACGAGCCGCAGUUGAAGCCGUGAAAGCAUGUGGCUCCACCGUAGCUUGCACUAUUACGGCCCACCACCUGUCCUUAACCGUAGAUGAUUGGGCCGGGCAGUCGUGGAACUUCUGCAAACCCGUCGCAAAGUUCCCCGACGAUCGUGCGGCUCUACACGACGUAAUCAAAGAAGGCCACCCUCGCUUCUUCUUGGGCUCGGACUCUGCCCCUCAUCCACCACACACCAAGUCAACGAGCACUCCAACUCAAGGAUGUGCGGCGGGCCUUUAUACUUCUCCGAUUUUGCUUCCUCUAGUAGCUCAUCAGCUAGAAUCUUUUGGUGCUCUUGACAGGCUGGAUGGUUUCACCAGUCUAUUCGGUCGUAAUUUCUAUGGGCUACCUGUCGAUGGUCUGCCGACAGUAACGAUCAAAAGGACUACUAGAAAAGUGGUGGAAAAUUACACUUCGGAUGGCGAGGCUGUUGUGCCAUUCUGGUCCGGGAAAGAGAUUGGCUGGGAAAUUGCUGACGAGUAACGUCUUUGUUCUUUUGUUUGUACGAUAAUCAGAAGUUAAAU